AUGGACCACACUUCUUUACAAGACAUACAAGGAACGUCGUAUCUAUUUCAUCAUAUCUUCCUACCUCCAAAGCUUCCACAGGAGGAUGACUACUGUGUCGGCCACGAGUUUCUCCUAACGGAUGUGGUGAUCGAUGCUCUUUGCCAAUUCAAGUCCUACUUCUCUUCAGACGAGGCUGAGGUUAUUGGAGUAGCUUUGACAAUGAUCACUCGACUGCGACAGGUUUACGGCCACAAUGGCGAGGUAGACGAAGGGCAGUUUAAUAAUGCUCUGAAAGAAUUGAAAGAAGAAGGUGAACUGUAUUUCACCAUUCAUGGUACAGUCGCACUUGUUAACAAGAAUCUAGGUGGUUUCCUGCCAAUUUACGUCCACGAGCAGAAUGCCGCUAUCUUGAUCAGCAAUAAGGGCACGAGAACCCACAUCGAAUGUUUUGAGCUCUCUCCUGUAAAUGAAGCAGUGAUGUCAACGAUGGGUCGACUUUAA